UUUAGCAAACCUCAAGGCAUACGACACUCGACAGUGUGCUAUGUAGCAUGCUCGGUUUAUACACACAUACAAUACCGCAGUACACAUUACACCUACGCAUCGUGUAAGCCUGCAAUGUUGAUAUACACGCGGAACAUAAAGUUGCAGUAGCUUUUGACUUUUUUACCAAAAAGAGUAUACUAGAGAACUUCAUAUGAUGUGCUUGUGAUUGUUAGAAUAUCUUGUGCUGUGUCAGUCAGAGCUUCGACAUUACUGGGCCGCAUUGAGAAAUUAGUUACGCGUGUGAGUGCUGUGUCUAGUUCUCUGCUAAGUUAGUGUUAAUCCAUUAUGAUUCUCGUGUACACGAGAGAAUUUUUCUUCGUCUUACACAUGAGGUUAUGAUUUUACCAGUGUGAUAAAAUUACAAGCCAUUUGAUUCACUCACUUAAUUCAAUUGUACAUAACUAAUUGUGGUUCUUAAUCAAUUACCAAAACUUGGAAAAAAAUUUAGUUGAUAACAAAAUAAUGAGUAUGACAAGGAUUUUAAACCAUGGAUUCACCCAUACGUAAUGGAAGUAUUUCCAAGACAAGUAAUACAUCAUCAGUCGAAGAAGCUAGAGAAGAACAAUGUCUUUUUAAUGGUACCACCAACAAGCCUUACUCACCCAAAUUACUACCAAGUAUUAGUAGAUUCGGUAGAACUAUCAAGCCAAAAUCUCCUAGUACUGUAGUAUUUGAUUCGCCAAAGAAUGCUAAAUUACCAAAAAGUAUCAAGCUAGAGAAAACUGAGGAUGAACUACACAAAAUGGAAGAUUCAUCUAGCGUCACAAGCGACUCAAUAAGCAGUUUGGAUAAUUCAAUUGUAUCAAAAGAUGAAAGUAUUGACAAUGAAGAUCCAAUAAAAUGCCCAUGGCAUUUGGGACAAGUAGUAUGGGCUAAAAUGGGUGGCUAUCCAUACUGGCCCAGUGUUGUUACAUUAGAUCCAGUGACUCAAUCAUAUCAGCGAAAAGGAGGAAAAAAUCGGAAUCAGGUCCAUUUAAGAUUUUGUGCAGAUAGAGGAAGACACAAUUGGGUAUUCUGCAAUAAUGUACUACCAUUCACAAGUAAAAGUGAUUUUGAUAAGCUUAGUGCUGAAGUUUUAUCAGACAGUAAGAAAAGAGCAAAAUAUGGUACUGCUUACAUCAUAAAACCAUCUUUAAAACGAUAUUGGGAAAAUGCUAUAACUGAAGCUGCUGCAUUAUUUUCACAAAGCCUUGAAGAUAGAAUUGAAUUAUUCAAACCUGGCGGUGAACCAAAAAGUUUUUUACUCGAAAUAGUUGACUACCAAGUAGAUAACCAGAAAAAAAGAAAACAAAGUACAACUUCUGAAGAAGAAAUAAAAGUUAAAAAACCAAAAACCAAUAAUGGAGAAUUAGAAUCAAAUGAAAAAUCGAAUCAAAAAAAUACUUCCAAAAAUAAUGUGAAUCUUGAAUCACCACUGACACCUCCAUCAAGUAACAAAGAUUCGGGGGAUGAAGCCCCAAUAUCUCAAAAAUUGAAAUUGAAAUGUAGAUCUAUGAGAGAAAACAAUGGUAAGGACGGUUGCUUUGAAGUUUUUUGCGAACGAAACAAAGAAUCAGCCCUUGAGUUGGAUCCAGAAGCCUCUGAAGCUGAUAUCAAAGCAUAUUUGAUGGAUCUCUGGAAAAAUUUGAAUGAGCAAGAACGAAGCAAAUAUCGCGCUGACUAUCUUAAAGAUGUUUUUUCUAUGGAUGAGACUGAAGAGGAUGAAGAAGACACUGACAGUGAAGCAGAUAAAGAUGAAACAACUUUUGUUGAAUCAGAAUCUGUUGAUAAAUCUGCAAACCGUCGGUCUAAACCUAAUCGACGUGAUCAUUCGGACCCAGAUGAUCUGGAAUCAACAGACUUUGAACAAGUUAUGAAAAAGAACAAAUACAAGGAAGAUAGUGAUGAAGAUGAGUCUGUUGAGAUUUCUAAACGUCCUCGUCCAAUUAACUUUUUUAAAGGUAUAAAGAAUGAAAAAGUGUGUCAAUUGUGUGAAAAUACUGGUAAACUAAUUCGUUGUAAGGGACCUUGCCACUCCUAUUUCCAUUUAACUUGUGUCAAACCUAGUGAAUCAAGUACUGAAAACAGUGAAACUGAUGAUAUUACAGAAAAUGAAGCAAAUAAAGAAGUUUUAAAGAAAAUUAAGGAUAAAGUAAAACAAAAGAAAAAGCAGCCAAAGUAUGAAGAAAAUCUUGAAGAAGAUUUCAAGUGUUUUGAUUGUUUAUCUGGCAUAGCACCUCCUUGUUUCAUUUGCCAUCUACGUGAUGGUGAAAGAAUAAAAUGUUCAGUUUUAAUUUGUGGAAAACACUAUCAUUUAGAUUGCCUUAAACGUUGGCCUCAAAGUCAAUGGCAAGGUGAUAGACUCUGUUGUCCAUAUCAUGUGUGUCAUACUUGUGUAUCAGAUAAUCCACAAAAUGGGCAACGACUUUCUAACGAAAAAAUCGUGAGAUGUGUUAGGUGUCCAUCUAGUUAUCACACAUCAAUAUCAUGUUUACCUGCAGGUUCAAACAUACUUACUGGCAGUCACAUAGUUUGUCCAAAACAUUAUAAAUCAUCUCAACCACCUACCAAUGCUACCUGGUGCUUUUUAUGUGAUAGAGGUGGCAGUCUUAUAUGCUGUGAUACUUGUCCUAUGUCAUUCCAUUUGGAAUGUCUAGGAAUUGAUGCACCAGAUGGCGAUUAUAUAUGCGAAGAUUGUGAAACUGGACGACUACCCUUAUACGGUGAAGUAGUAUGGGUAAAAUUAGGAAAUUACCGGUGGUGGCCUUCAAUUAUUUGUUAUCCUCAAGAAAUCCCCAAAAACAUUUCUGAUAUUGCUCAUAAAACAGGAGAAUUUUGUGUUAUGUUCUUGGGUAGUAAUGAUUAUCACUGGAUUCAUAGAGGUAAAGUUUUCUUAUACCAAGAUGGUGAUGCCAAAGCAAAAAAUACGGGAUCUAAAAAAAAAGGAGAAACUUUCAACAGAGCUAUGUUAGAAGCUAAAGCUUACCAUGAUAACUAUGUAAUUGAAAGAGCACUGGAUAAGAAUAAGGACAAUAGCAAUCUUAAACCACCUCCAUACGUGAAGUUAAAAAUAAAUAAACCAGUCGGUAAUGUCAAAAUUCCAGAACCAGAUAGUAUGCAAGCUUGUGAAUGCGAUCCGAAUCAACCAUAUCCAUGCUCACCUGAGUCUGAUUGUUUGAACCGACUUUUAAUGAUAGAAUGCAGUGCAGAUGCAUGUCCAGCCGGCGACAAGUGUCAGAAUCAACUAUUCACAAAACGUGCGUACCCUGCUCUUAAAGCUAUGCACGUCGAGGAACGUGGCUGGGGUCUUCAAACUCUUGAAGAUAUUAAAGCAGGACAAUUUAUCAUUGAGUAUGUUGGCGAGAUUAUUGACGAAGCAGAAUAUAGACUCAGACUAGCUCAAAAACGAGAAAGAAAAAAUGAUAAUUAUUACUUUCUAACUAUUGACAAUAAUAGGAUGAUUGAUGCUGAGCCAAAAGGAAAUCUCAGUCGUUUCAUGAAUCAUUCCUGCUUGCCGAAUUGCGCAACGCAAAAAUGGACCGUCAAUGGCGAUACGCGAAUCGGUUUAUUUGCCGUACGUGAUAUUAAGCCAGGAGAAGAAUUGACAUUUAAUUAUAAUUUAGCUUGCGAUGGAGAAACUAAAAAACCUUGUCUCUGUGGAGCACCUAAUUGCAGUGGAUUCAUAGGGUUGAAAGCUAAACAACAAUCAACAAAUGUGGCGCAAGAAAAAAAAAUUGAGAAAACCGAAAAAAUUAAGAAACGAAAAAAUAAAAAAUCUCAUUUAUGCUGGAACUGUAAUGAAAAAAUAGUAAAUCCAGAAGAAGCCCACAAAUGUGACCAAAAAACAUGUGGUAAAAUUUAUCAUCCAACUUGUAUUGCAAUUGAAGAUGGCCCUGAUCAAAUUUUUCAUUGCCCAUGGCAUUUUUGUGCUGAAUGUUUUAAAAGAACGAGUAUUCGAUGCAGUUACUGUUGCAAUGCAUUUUGUCAAAAUCACAUGGAAGGCAACAUACAAGAGCAUCAGCCUACAAACAGUUUCGUAUGUUAUAAACAUACGUUAGAGUACGCAAUGUUUGAAAAUGGAGAGCUAGGAGAAGGUCUAAUGGAUGAUGAUGAUGAAGACGAUUCAAUACUAACAGAAGAAACUGUUAUUGCCAAUAGCACAUGCAUCGAAGAUGAGCAGCUGAAUGAGACCAUGCCAAAUUCACGUUGCUCCAUCGUCGAGGUUCGUGGUGGCAGCGAUGAUGACAUUCGUUUAACUGGAGGCUAUGAUGGAUCCGAUGUAUCAUUACCUUCAAAUACAAAGACCAAAUCAUGUUUGAAACAAGAAAAAAUGAAAAUUGAUCUAACACCCGAUCAAAUUGCAGCUAUUAUAGGCGUUGUUAAAUGAGGACGCGGUAGGCCUAGGAAGAAUCCGAGGCCUACCGUUUAAUUCAAUUAAGAUUUUCAAUACGUGAUAGUUGAAAAUUUUUUUUAUCAAUUUAUUGAAAUGAGCGCAUUUUUAUAAAAAUAUUACCGAUUUUUAAUGGCAGACCAACAUCUGACUGUAAAGAUGGUUUUGCCUUGUAAUGUAUAUAUACAGACUGUUAUUUAAAUUUAAGGACUGAAUUAUAAGUAAUCUAAGGACUGA